AUGGCCGAUAGCCGAUUGCCCCCGGGCAUGUUAUACCAAAACGUGGAUGUGGGAGGGAGACUCAGGUGUCAAUGUGACUGCCGCUCAGAAUGGCGUCUCGUCUACUUCAUCAACCGACACAUCAUCUGGCUCUACGACCAACUCGACCAGCUCUUCGACCAAUUUCCCGUCCACUACACCCUCAUCACCUUCCUCAACACAUACUUCUGUGUCAACCACGGACAAAAGCGGAUCGUAUAA